CGUUACAAAAUUGAGAGCAGACUCGCUGCAUUUUGUUUAUAUAAGGUGGCGAGUCGGCUUGUUUGCUGUAUACAGCGCACCUCAUUUUUGACUCUUGUUGUUGUGAGGCCGCAUUGUUGUAUGCCCAUGCGAACCCUUGAUAAAGCUAACCUUGAGCCCCUGAAUUUCCUCACAACUACAAAUGGAAUUCGUUUUCAACAAUGUGGCCUUGUUGAAAGGCCAUCCCCACGGCCCACACGUUUUCAGCAUGAAUGUAGAUCAGCCAUGAUCAGCCACAUGUUCAAACGUCGAAUACUAUUGCUGCGACAAAGGAGAAGAACUCAAGUUGACCAGUUGACCAAGGCCUCCCCCUUUUUUCUUUGUCAGUACCUGUUGCCCAGUGAUGGCGCUGACAAGCUGACACUGGCUUUGCGUGACCUGCUGGAGACCUUGCAUGGCCCCUUUGCAAUGGCAUUUUGGAGUCCCAAGUGUCACGCGUUGUUUGUUGCCCGAGACCGGUUGGGACGCCGUUCUCUCCUUGCCGCCAGAACAGCUUCUGGUGUGGGAGUGGCCUCAGUUGGGUCGAGCGUCUCAUGGCAGGAGCUACCUGUCACAGGCGUUUUUGUUUUUGAUUUGGUGGCCCGCUCUGUGCGACAGCUGCCCUGGCGCCAGCCAGCGCCCUUCGCACAGCCCUGGUGGUGGUCAACGGACAACGCCUGCGACGAGGCCAACCUGCGGCUGGCCUUUGGCCGGUUGCUGUCGGAGGCAGUAGCAAGACGAGUGGAGCAUGUGGCAGGUGCUGGCAUUCGCGUCGGGUUGCUCUUUUCGGGGGGCUUGGACUCCACCGUGUUGGCAGCUUUGGCAGCUGAGGCCUUGCCUCAUGAGACCAUCGAGUUGAUCAAUGUUGCCUUUGACAGCAGAGCCCCUGAUCGCCUCACAGCGCUUUGCAGCUUUCAGGACCUGCUCCGGCAGUAUGGCCCUGAGCGCUUCCGCUUGGUCCUGUCAGACAUUCGUCAGGAAGAUUUGCUGGCAGAGGAGAUAUCUAUUUGCCGAUUGUUGGGUCCCAAGGCAACUCACUUGGAUUUCAAUAUUGCAGCAGCCUUAUGGUUCGCUGCCCGAGGACGUGGCCUCCUUUGCUCGCCUGACUUUGUGUCCCAACCAUGGUGGGCUCCAACUGCAGCAUCAUCACUGCAGCUGGAGCCGUCAAAGCCAGUGAAGCCUGCAGGACCAAGUCAGAAUGAGAAGGUGAGCUGCGUGACCUGCGUGCUACCUGCCAAACCCGGCUGCCCACAUUUAUCCUGCAAGCUUUGCUGCCGAAAGUUGCACAAGGCCUCAGGCGAACCAAAGGAGUGGUGCCCUGUGCACAAGAUCAAGGCUCCAAGUGCAGAGCAACCUGAAGCUGAGCCAGAAGCCGAGGUGUGCAUCGAGCUGAGUGCUCAAAGAUGUGCUCAUCCUGAGGCUGAAGAGAUUCGGGCAUCCUGCCGAGUGUUACUGGUUGGUACAGGUGCUGACGAACUACUGGGUGGAUACAGCCGGCAUCGCACAGCGCGCGCUAAGCGGGGUGCGGAUGGUACACGCAGUGAGAUGCUCAAGGAUCUUCAACGGCUUUGGACGAGAAAUUUAGGCCGAGACGAUCGCAUCAUCGCCGAUCAUGGCCGUGAAGCCAGGCACCCGUUCCUGGAUGAUCACUUACUUGAGUUUGUUGGUCGCUUGCCCAUCGAGCUGGUGGCCUAUGGCAUCGGAGGAGAGUCAGAUCCAGCUCCAGACAAGUGGCUCCUGCGCGAACUUGCCAGCCAGCGUGGUCUUGAUGCUUGUGCGCAAUUCAAGAAGCGUGCAAUACAGUUUGGCACGCGCAUCGCAAAGAAGUCCAAUAUUCAACAUGCUGGCAGCAACCGGCAAGUCCGCGGAGACAUGGCUUACUCUGCGCUCUCGGAAAAGCAGUACUCUGAUCGUAUGUGUACAACUUGCUUGCCAUCCUUUUACUAGAUGAGAA